UGACCGAGCUCAGCGGUGCGAUAGCAGCUUGCUCAGUCUAAUUUCAACCGCCGUGGAAGUUGUGCGACGCUCGAGCAUCUCUCUCCAACGUCUCUCCACACGCCUUUUCUACUCGUGCCAGAUUCUCACCCUUUUAGAUACGACGACACUUGUGUGUGUAUACGUCAGGAGGGCUCAAGACACACCAAAGAACUAGGGAGUGAGAGAGAGUAUAAGAACAUCAAGCCCCUAAAAAUAAAUCCCCAAGUGUUUAUUCAGCACUAAAUAAAUAUCUUGUGUGCUAUUUAAAAGAGAAAAAAAAAUUUUUUUGCCAUCACACUACAGUUAAAUGAGGCUCGGUUGAAAGCUAGUGACUCGUGACGAGCAAACGUGUGCACACGGUUAACGCGUGUGUUGACGAUAAGAAAUGUGGCGAAGGAGCUCGCCACGUGGGCGCCUGUGUUUAUAAAUCAACGAGUGUGUGUAUUAUAUCUACCAAUGAGACAAUGAUGAAACUUUAUUACACCUGUUUUCAGCAACAGCAGCAGCAACAGAACCACCACCAGCAACAACAUCAUCAACUUCAACUUGACCACUGUCACCGCAACAAUCAUCACCACUCACAUAAAUUGGAAUUCACGACAAAUAUUUUUGUUAUUAUCAACAGCAAUUGCAGCAGCAACAACUUCAACAACUUCAAUAACGACAACAGAGAUAAAAAAAGUGUUUGCGCGAAAUAAAGUACCAUGGAACUUGGGAUCAAUGUCUCGGUGUCAAGCUGUAUGGUUGCUCAUCAGCUCGUUGACAACAUUGUACCGACAUUUAUUUGGAUUUGUUAAAUGAGCGGAUAUACAGUGACGGAACGAAUGGCUGCUUGUUAUUGUCGGGUGUCAGUGAGCGGAUCCAAGGAUGCUCGGAUCUGGGGCUCCCGGUUUACGAGCGAUUGGUGGUAGACGACAAGUGGUGUCACGGUGCCGUGGUGGUGAUGAUGAGAAGGACAAGGUCCCGUGGAGUCCAAGGCUCGGGGCCAAGACUACCAUCGUUAAUCGGUGAUGGGAUGGACUGAUUAUUUUACUAGACUUAAACUAGUGUUUGAUAUAGGUAUUAACGUGAGAGUGAACGUCAACAUCGUCGUCCUCGUGUCCACUACCGUGUGGAAGAGGGGAGAGACGUGGACGAGCGAAGGGGUUACAGCGGUAGCAGAUCGGAUAAUGCGGGCUUCCUUGAUUUUAUCGGGAAUCCUAAGCGGCUGGUGGUGCAUCCUCACGCUCAUAGCGGCACCCCCAGCCAUCAGUUUACAACUCCGGGGACCGGAUGAUUUUUACCCCCGGACAAAUAAGUGGCUGUCAAUUAUUGGCACUGGCUUUAGACACCGGGUAAAAGAACACAGCAGAUCGCUGUCUUCCGGUUACGAGACUAUUACUCAGUCGACGCUAAAAGCCAGGUCCAGAGCUGGUAGAUCCAGCGGAGGUCGCAGCAAAAGUGAGUCUCGAAGGGAACAGCGAAAACGGUGCCGUCGAAAAAACGGAACUCCUUGUCACACUCGAAAUUGGUGUCCUGACAUAGACGUGGGUAAUCGUGCAUAUUUAGCGCCUACAGUAUUUGAGGGUAAAGCACGAAGUAUGUCGUCCUCGAGGAGUCCUGGGUCAAAUUACGCGGUGACCUUUGAGGUGAAGCAGGUUUACAAAAGUCAAGCUGGAUUCCAGCCACUACGCAAAAACGACAGUGUACGACUCCAUUUUCGCGACAAGUCGGAUAAGAGAACAGGAGGAGGAGGUGCUGGUGGUGGUGGAGGAGAAGCAGGUGGCAAGUCCUCGUUGUGUCGUAACGAGGGCACCGACGAGCAUCAGCAGCUACACGAACUGCAUCAGCGUGAUGACAAUGCUCGAGUGGUGCGCGCCGACAUUAAACGCGGUAAAGUGUAUCUAGUGUUUGUGAAUCGUGUGGGACCUAGAAACUUUACAAUCCUGGGUGAGCCGGUGAUACGAAGCAAGAAAAACGAACAGGCGGUACAGGCAGUCAUUCGACCCGAUUACGUACGAGAAGUGACGUUGACGGAGCUCAGGGACUCGGUGGCAAGAACGAGGGAGCGAGUAAAGCUUGUAUGCAGGACGAGAGGUUCGCCACCACCGAGAGUCCGUUGGCUCAAAGACGGUGUGCCGCUGUAUCCACGACGGGGCCUGAGAAUUCAGCACAAACGAAGACGAUCCAAAGUGGUAAUUGCGUCUGCACGCCCCGAAGACAGUGGUAGGUACGAGUGCGUUGCCCAAAGUACCUCUGGCUAUCGGGCCUCCCUUGCAGCCCAACUUCUAGUCGUUAAUGACAUCAAGGUUACUGAAACCACAACAGUAGCGUGGCCUAGACAAGAGCAGCCGUGUCCUAUAGCAGGUGAUUUUUGCAUGAACGGCGGUACCUGUCUCUUCUUCGAGACCGUUGGUGAACCAGCAUGCAGAUGUGCGGAGGGCUUUACCGGUCUACGAUGCGAGACCAAGGACGUAAUCAGCACCGGAAGUGUGUACAACCGUCAUAGAGCGCCAUUUUCAUGCAAGUUGGGUCUUUCGACCUCGUAUUACUGCUAACGAUAGUGACGCGGAACCCAAUUUGGUAGCUGCUACUUUUUUUGGCGUUCCCAACUUAUUUUUUAUGCCACAUCAUAAUCAUUAUUAUUCUUACUAUUAUUUUUAUUAUUAUUAUUAUUAUUAUUAUUAUUAUUAUUAUUAUUAUUAUUAUUAUUAUUACGAUUAUUGUUAUUAUUAGUUUAUUUUCAAUCAUCCACUCACUCACGAUUAACAUUCACUUACCAUUCACUCAUCGUUAGCGAUGUUAAUACAAUUAUAAUUUAAAAUAAUCCCUUUAUCCUUGCCUAUGCCUUGCCUAAAAUUAGACAAUUUGUACGAAUUACAAUUGCAUUUUAUUUCUUAAACAGAUGUCCAUUUUUAUUAAUAGAUAGGCACUCGCUCGCUUGCUCUCUCUCGCUCUAAUUUUCUGUCUUUUUAUUUUCUUCUCUGUAGGUAUACGUAUACAUUCUAUUAAUAUAUUUAGAUAAAUAUAAUUGAUAAUAAUUUCAACAGCAAUCCUUAAUUUUUCCCGUGAAUUAUACCAAAGAAGUGUCUUCCAAACACUACCAAUCACCUGAAGAAUACACUUAUUAUUAUUACGACUAUUUUUCAAUAACCAAACGCUUUUAAUGUUCAUAUUAUUAUUAUUAUUAUACUGGGUAAUCUGAAAAUAAUUAAAAGCAUCCCGAAGAUUAAUGUAUCAGUAACUCUAUUAUAAUAAUAAACAUUCAAUUUAUAAAUAUUUUUUUACCAAAAAAUGAUUAUAAAAAAAAUAUUUUCUUAACAUGAGUUUUUUUGAGAACAUGUUGAUUAAAAAAAUUACAACUGAUACGUUUGUCUGUUUAAAAAAUCAAACCACUCAUUGACACAGAGAGAGUAUAAGUGCCAGGCUAUGUCUAUCUUGAGAAUCUAUUUAUGUUUUAUACAGUAACUAUGUUGUUAUUAAUUAUUAUAAUUAUCUUUAUUAUUAAUUUAUCUUUAAUUGUAUUAUUAUUAUUAUCAUUAUCUUAAAUUAUAUUAUUAACUAUUAAUUAUCAUUAUUUUAUGUUAUGUUAUGUUAUGUUAUGUAUAAUUUUAACGUGUACAUACAUGUAUACAUUCACGGAC